AUGGAAUCCUCUGGCACAGCAAGGGUCGAGAUCCCAGGCGAUUUUAAUGAGGCUCCCAUAGAGCAUCUUGUUCAACUGAUUGCGGAUAUGCUUGAGCGUUUAAUGGCUCAUAACGAUCGUAUACCUCUAUCGCCUGAAUCUUUGACUCGAUUUCAUUCGAGAACGGCGCCCAGUAUCAGCGUUCUCGACUAUCUGAAACGAAUAGUGAGAUUUACAAACGUCGAGAAAUCAUGUCUUCUCAUCACUUUAUUCAACAUUGAUCAAGCCUGCGCCCGGAUGCCACUAUUCACGCUAUCAUCCUUAACAUGUCAUCGUUUCGUCAUCACGUCCAUCGCCGUCUCCAGCAAAGGCCUCUGCGACGCAUUCUGUCCCAACAAUCUCUAUGCUAAAGUCGGUGGGAUACCCGUAACAGAACUUAACGUUCUAGAAAGAGAGUUUCUCUCAAUGAUCGAUUGGCGACUCAUGUGCACCCGUGAAAUACUGCAGGAGUACUAUGUCAAUCUCGUACGGACUCACAGUGCUGGCACGUUUUAUAUUGCUGGAAGCGACUCUCCUGGCAAUUCCUCGGACAGCGGCGACGAUCUAGAGAUGGACAGUGGCCCCUCGGCUCCUUCUUCACCCACUAUGACACGACAACCACUCCUACGACCUGCUCUCCCUGAACCAACGGCUGUCUUACUUGAACCGGGUGCUGCAUCGCAGGAACCACCUCAACGACCUACAAUCGAGCAGAAUAUGGCGUUUGCUGCCCUUCAACAACAUCAGGACUACAGAAUAGCUACUACUAGUACUGCUACUACAUUUUUUACUUCAUCCAGUUCAAUAGAACGAUCCAACAGACGAAUAUAA